AUGCAAUUUUCGGUUUACUCAUCGACGUCUGCAGGCGUGUGGUCUGCAAAGCGUCCAGUUGCAACUUUCAUUGGUCAUCCCUUCUGGUUAUGGAUCGAAGGAGGAAAGGCAUGCUUGAUGAUUGAUGCGGUCGUGCUCGAGUACAACCCGGACACGGAGGAGGCUGUCGUGGAGGCCGUUGAUGCUCCAUCGCGUCGUUAUCGCGUAUCCAUGCCCUCCCAGAAGGGACCGCAAACAUGCACAAACACUGAGAGUCACUCAGAUACCGACAAACAGCAGAAGCAACAGCAACAACAGGGAUCCACAGGGAGACGUAGGCUGAAGUACGUUGAUCACCUGUUAAACUCUAGGCCAGUGGGGCGGUGUGUUACCGUUGAACCCGUCCACGAGGAGACUGGUGACGCACUGCUUCCGCUUGCAAGACUGGUCCAUUUGCACGAGGCCGAAUCCCUUACGUCCAAGAGCAUGCUGCCCGGCACCAUCACACGCGUGGCAAGCCGAUUUGUGUUUAUCUUCUGCUCCUUCCUCCCCUACGAGGUGGUGGCGACACGCGAAAUGUUCUCAACAGGCGGCUUCCUUACCAAUACCACAUGCGUACCACCUGUCACCUCGAGCGAGGCCACAGCAAAACCUGGGGGCGAAGUGAAAGAGGAACAACAAUGGGUGGGACUUUCGGUGUACUUUGCGCUGCACCCAAUGAGUUUCCUUGUUAUGGAGGCCUUCUUUGCACCAAGUGAGAGUUCAGUUUACCCGGCGAUGAAGGAACAACAGCAUAUAAAUUCUACACGGGGUGGUGGCAGCAUGUGUCCAUAUUGGCGCGGCUAUUCUCGCGUGGCGUUGGACGAUCAGCGGGAUCCAGUGGUUGCACAUACCGGGAGUGUAGCCGCGGAAGGGUGUCCUUCUGACCGGUUAGGAACGUGGCACAUCAUUGGGAAAGACCCCUCCCAUUUCUUUCAGCCGGAGCUGUCAGUGCAGUUUGUGCACUGCAACGAGCUGCUACCGUGUAAUACCGUGCCGCCAGUGUUGUACCAGAGGUCUACCUUCACUGUCCAACUGUGGUGCUUCUGGAUGCUGGACGGCACACACGUCUCCUUGCGUGCACUGGAUGAGGAUCGGCACGACGUCACGGAGAGUGUACUUCACAUUGAGAAGAUCGAAAACAAGGAUGUGGCAACCGUCACUCUUGAUAACCUCGAGAACAGGGAAGUUGUCUCUUUUCAAGUAACAAUAAAAAAUUUUAAGAUGCAAGAUGUGGUGUGCGAGCUCACCUUCAUGUUGCACGCAGAAUGUGAGGGCCUGGAGACACACUUGGAGUCAAAAUCUGUGUUCGUGCGCCGCUCCACCAAAGGCCUCACUACAGUGAACAAGUACGCCACAUCCAAACCAACGCAAAAGCGAGAUGUACUGUCGCGUAAGUUUUGGACAUCAGAUGUGUUGUCCCCAGAGGACAAAAUUGUCGGGGGAUUCACUGACCCUGGGCGCAGCAACCAGCUGCUCGCGGAGGACUGCUACGAGGAGAUGCCGAUGGCGGAGCGCGAGAUUAUCGUCGUGGACCCCGAGGACACACGACUGCAGGCCAUUGCCGCGGCGGCUCGGCGCGCUGUUUUGGGCAUCAUCGACACUGUCGUUCGCGUACAGGCGCUUAUGUGGCUGGUGGUCAGUGCAUACGGCGGCGAGAACCUUGGGGAGAGCGCAGAGGAUUACAUUGCUUCACUGCGCCGCCAGCGCGGUACAAAGAAGCGGCAACGUGGUGGGGCUCAGUCGAACAACGGCGCGAAUGUUGUGCGCCUCGGAGAAGUGCGUAGAGGUGUGUGCCGGCACCGAGCGCUGCUCUUCAAGUACCUGUGUGAUGCGGUGCAGCUGCCGUGCUACCUGCUUCGCGGCGAGCACCAAGGACCGGACGACACCGUGGCGGAGCGGCACUCGUGGAACAUUGUCCCACUGGAGGGUCGGCGACACCUUCUCGUCGACACGACGCUGAGCCCGCACAAACUGGAGAUGUGGCCCGUCGACGCGUACAAGGCGCCGGCGUUUGCGCUACUCGCGGACUGGGGUAAGGCGCACUGCAUCAUACUGCACCGCGCCGCCGAGCGGAUACACAUGCUGGAGGAGUGCGGCAGAGGGGCGACGGCGGUGGUACGCCGCGGCGUGUUGGGCGGUGGCCUCACGUGCGUCGUGAAAGUUCCACGCCGCAACAGCGACAUGGAUAGCCUUGUGCGCGAGUACGAGGUUCUUCGAAAAUUUCGUGGUUCAACGCAUGUGGUGCGCUGUCUCGGAUGGAGCGGUGGGAUCGUGAUGGAGUACUUUCCCACUAACCUGCUGAGCUUCAUGAAUCACCUUAUCAUACGGGAAAAGCGAAUGAGCCUCUCACAGCAACGUGAGGUGUUGCUCGGUGUGCUGGCGGCCCUCAAGGAUGUGCACACCCAGGGUUAUGUGCACCGCGACAUCAAAGCAGAGAAUGUUCUGGUUGUGGUGAUACGCUGCAGCACAUGUCACUCGCUAGGAACUGUCUGUCAUCUCUGCGAUGUUCGGGCAAAGCUAGGUGAUUUUGCCGAUGCCGUUGCUGUGAAUCCCACCACACAGCUACAUAAAGCCACACCGCGUGUUGGCACGCCACCAUACACGGCACCAGAGCUUGAGGCGGAGCUGCCAUUCUCCUUUGCGGCAGACAUUUGGUCAUGUGGGAUCCUCGCAGUUGAGAUGGCGCUGAUGCAACUGCCAGAGGCGUGCGCCCCGCCAUGCAGCGUGCAGCUGGGCAGAGCACGAAGUGACAAGCGAGAGGGCAGCGGCGAUGAUGAUGAUGAUGAUGAUGAUGAUGAUAACGAUGGGUCGGGAGAUAAAGUGGCCGUUAUGGUUGACGGAAAACGGGUAGGGCCUGUUCGUGUGCCGAAGCUGCCGUGUAACCCGCCGCCGCCAAAGUGGCAGCUAGAUUUGGUGGUAGCGGCGCUGCAGGUGAACUGGCGGCAGCGCAGCACUGCGAGGUUGCUGCAUGAAACUUUGAAAAAUACGUUCUGCUGA